AUGGGUCAGAAGUUGCUGGCCGUGGCGGUCCUUGCCAUCCUCCUUACGGCGCCACUCGGCGCUAUCCUCAUCCAAAGCUUCGGGCCCCGUCUGCUCACGAAGGAACCAGAGGAGAACUGCGAAAAGCCAGAAGACGAUCAGCAAGGGCGUUCCGCCGCGCCGCCGGCGACCAUGGCGACUGCCGACUGUGAGUCUGCAGGUCUCCAAAAGGACAAGAUGAGCCUUUGA